AUGAAGGCAGCCUUAGCCCAGAGCUGGCUCUGCGGCUACACUGGCCGGUCGCCGUUUCUCUUUCUGUUCCCCUGGCCAGCCGCAACACUGAGCCAAAAGCGGGAACCCCCGGCGACGGCGGCCUCGACGCCGGCCUCGACCGCAACCUCCACCUCGGCCUCGACCGCGGUGUCACCCCAGCCCAUCAAGGGGAUCCUCAAGAACACGGCCGCUGCGACUUCCUCCAUGGCAGCCUCGGCCGAAGAGCCCCGCGGGAGAGUCCACAAGAAGCGGAGUAAAAAGUCACAGAAGUGGGAUGAAAUGAAUAUACUGGCAACCUGCCAUUCCGCUGACAAAGGCCACGGUUCGACGAAAAUAGAUGAACCAAGCACCCCUUUACCAGGUGUUAUGAGUGAUGACGCGGAUGCUGUUACUGAGUCAGAACCCACUGCAGCCCCAGCUCCGGAUAUCUUGGCUAAGAAAGUAGCUGCUGCUGAAGCCUCAGAGCCAGAGUACCAGCCUGCAGAACAAGGAAGCACGGGAGAACAGGAUAAUGAUCCGUCACCAGCAGAGAGAGAAAAGAACCAAGAGUCUGAAAGCAAAAGGAAGGUGCACUACAAAGGACUGCAUAUUAAGUUCGCUAAACCGUUAAUUUUAAAAGAUGAGGAAGACAAAGGAAAACCAGCUACUGAAGAAUCAAAGUAAGGGUCUACUACUGGUGAUCAACGGAAAGACAAGUCACGAAGUUCAUAGAAGUUAGACGACCUGUUACUAUAACACAUUGCUCCUUGUUCUUAAUUCAUGAUUUAAGUAUCAAGAUACAUCUCAGGUGAUUACAUACUGCCAAGAACUGAAAGAUGACCUUAGAGACCGAUUAGACGAAAAUGCCUAGUGCAUGCAUAUGUUCUUGUGCCUCAUACUUCACCACAAAUAAAGUAAAAUCUCAUCAAUCCAAAA